AAUGUAGUGCUAUAUAAUAAUAAAGAAUGUACUGAAGCGAGUAAGCAGUAGUAGGAGCUAUAGCCUAUAGCAAUGAUGAUCCUACACUGCACGCCUUCCUCACCGAUCUCGGUGAACAUAUUGAAAUCAUCACCUCUAACAAGAAGAACAACAGUUAGAUGUUCUGUCAAGAAGAAUAUCCUUAAUGCUAUAGAUUCUGGCUCCUCUAAGUUCAGCUUAUGUCCCUGUGGAAGAAAGCAUUUUCUAGGAGAAGCUACGACCACGACGCCGUUUCUUCCCAUCUCUCCCUCCCACGCUUCUCAAUCUAGCUCAUCGGAGGUCUUAAACAAACUGCGUCCUCCAAAGCCAGAUUGGUAUUUCGAGCUCUAUGGAUGGUUUAGGAGUUCAGGAAUGGAAAGAUACGAGAAAGAGAUGGAUCAUUUCUGAGGAUGGUGCAGAAUAUGUUGGAUCCAGUGCAACAAGUCGUUGCUGAUGGAUGUCAUCUCAUAAGACCCACAGGAGAAUCACUAUUAAAAGCUGAGUUCCCUGGUGGUGUAGAUAUCAACAAGGUUUCUCUUACUAGCUUCUACCACUUGAGCCCUCAUAUCUACGGAGUCGCGUAUAAUUAAUUAUCAUUAAUUUGCCGACUCUUCUAGAGUCCUCUGUUUCAAGACUCUGGUGAAGAAUAAUAAAAAAAAAAGUAAGUUCUUUUUAUGUUUUGAAUAAUGAAACAAUUUGACUAAGUUCAAAUUGAAAUUAGUAAGUCUCCCUUAUAUUGUAAGAGAUAGAAAACGUGUAGUUUUCUAUUUUGUUUCUGUUCUUUUGUAUGUAAUGUGUCCAGUUCUCUAUGUAAAGAGACCUUAUGCUUUGAGUUUAAUACAAGUGAGUGAGAUUUUUAGA